AUGGGUAAUAGUCUGCCUCUCUCAGAGGGGUCUCUGUGGGCCCGCCAGCGCCGCAUCAUCAACCCCGCCUUCCGCCCUGCAGCGAUCAAGACAUCAACCAUCUUCUCUGCAUUGCCUCCUUUCUGUGCAUCGUCACACCUCCCCUUCCUGUUUCACCAAUGCCCAUCUUCCUUCUGCCGCCCCCUCCCUUAUCGCCUCCCAUCUUCCUCCCUUGUCGCCUCCUAUCUUCCUCUGUGCCCCUCUCCCCCUCGUCCCCUACCGGCAGGCCACAGCACCACGGCGCACCUGCUGACGUGGACGUUCUAUCUUCUGGCGAAGCAUCCCGACUGGCACGAGCGGCUGCGAGCAGAGCUCAAGCAGGCGCUAACUCAGCAGGGGGCACAGGCCACGUCAGCAGUCCCCACCGCCAGCACGGAAGAAGGAGCACCAGACAAGGCAGGGUCAGAGGCAGGUGGAGGAAACCACGAAGGGAGAAGCCAAGGGGGGUCUGGAGGGGAGGGAUUGGAGGAGGGACAGGAGGGAGGACAGGAGGAAGGAGAGCGAGAAGGAGGAGCGCGAGGGGAAGGCGAGAGAGGAGGAGGGGGGCGGGUGACAUAG